UUGAUCCAAUUUGGAAGAGAAACAUAAGCAAAAAUAUUGCCGCGAUAUUAGUUCACGAAAUCGAAAUUUAAUGGAAUUUUUAAUCCUUUCCAUGGCAAACAAGAGGACCCCGAACCACAAGAUUUGCUAUAGUAGAGUGCGAAUGUCUUAGAACGCGCGUAAUCGUUGAUAAAACGGCGAUACGGCGCUUGAAUUGUCGGUGAAGAAGCAAGAUAAUUAUGUCCAUGAAUCGACCAUCAGUUGCCGCCUCAGUCAAUAGGAAGAUGAUUCGACAAAAUUCCUCCGCUUCUCAGGCCGUAGCGAGUGCCAACGUAGACCUCACGAGUAUUUUUGAAUGCCCUGUUUGCUUUGACUAUGUUUUACCACCGAUUUUGCAAUGUUCUAGCGGUCAUUUGGUUUGUUCCAACUGUCGCCCUAAACUACAGUGUUGUCCUACGUGUCGUGGACCACUUGGAAGCAUACGGAAUUUGGCAAUGGAGAAGGUGGCCAGCACAAUUAUGUUCCCGUGUAGAUAUAACUCUGGGGGCUGUGCUGCCACCCUUGCUUUUUCAGAUAAAACAGAGCAUGAAGAAUCUUGUGAGUUUAGACCCUAUACUUGCCCCUGCCCAGGGGCAUCAUGUAAGUGGCAGGGGGCUCUGGAUGCUGUUAUGCCCCACCUUAUGCAUACACACAAGUCCAUCACAACCCUUCAAGGUGAAGAUAUUGUCUUCCUAGCAACUGACAUCAAUCUACCUGGUGCGGUUGAUUGGGUAAUGAUGCAGUCAUGUUUCGGACACCAUUUCAUGCUUGUCUUAGAGAAGCAAGAGAAGUUUGAGGGCCAUCAACAGUUCUUUGCCAUUGUCCAACUCAUUGGCACACGAAAGCAAUCAGAAAAUUUUGUAUACCGGUUGGAGCUCAAUGGUAAUCGUCGGCGACUUGCUUGGGAGGCGACACCUCGCAGUAUCCAUGAAGGGAUCUCAUCAGCAAUUUCCAACAGCGAUUGUCUGAUAUUCGACACAAGUAUGGCACAGCUUUUUGCUGAAAAUGGCAAUCUUGGUAUAAAUGUGACCAUCUCUACAUGUUGAGUUGCACUAAUAGGAUAACUUGUUUGGUAACUGAUAUUGAUGGAGACUUUUGUUGUGGGAAGCACAGUCAAGAAUGUUGAGUGACAUCAAGCGAUGGAAGAACAGUAUGUUGCUGGUUGGAGGAGUGUCCUACAGUACAAACAUUUUAGUGACUGUUCCAAGUAUGGUACCAUGCAUUACUAGAGCAUUUAAAAAACUUUAGCUGGCAAAACUUUGAUGGGAUUUACAAUA